UUUUACUCCCCAUACCCUCUCUUCUUCGACAAUCACCUGAAGCACACACAUACACACUUUAUUCAUCAUGCCCAACUCUCUUGAGCAAUUGAAGGCCACUGGCACCACCGUCGUCUGCGACUCUGGUGACUUUGCGACCAUCGCCAAGUACACGCCCCAGGAUGCCACGACCAACCCCUCGCUCAUCCUCGCCGCGUCUAAGAAGCCCGAGUACGAGAAGCUGAUCAACGCGGCCGUCGAGUCUGGCAAGAAGCACGGUGGCAGCAUCGACGAGCAGGUCGACGCCACCCUGGACAGUCUCCUGGUGCAGUUCGGCAAGGAGAUUCUGGCAAUCAUCCCCGGCAAGGUCUCCACAGAGGUUGACGCGCGCUUUUCUUUCGACACAAAGGCCUCCGUAGACAAGGCCCUCCACCUGAUCGAGCUGUACAAGGAGGUCGGCAUCUCCAAGGACCGCGUCCUCAUCAAGAUCGCAUCAACAUGGGAAGGCAUCAAGGCCGCCGAGAUCCUCCAGUCCAAGCACGGAAUCAACACCAACCUGACCCUCAUGUUCUCGCUCGUCCAGGCCAUCGCCGCUGCCGAGGCUGGCGCUUUCCUCAUCUCUCCCUUCGUCGGCCGUAUUCUUGACUGGUUCAAGGCCUCAACCAAGAAGGAGUACACCAAGGAGGAGGACCCCGGUGUCAAGAGCGUCCAGCAAAUCUUCAACUACUACAAGAAGUACAGCUACAAGACCAUCGUCAUGGGCGCUUCUUUCCGAAGCAUUGGCGAGGUCACUGAGCUCGCUGGCUGCGAUUACUUGACCAUUGCCCCCAACCUGCUCGAGCAGCUCUACAACUCCAACGACGACAUCCCCAAGAAGCUCGACGCCAAGGACGCCAACUCGCUCGACAUUGAGAAGAAGAGCUACAUCAACAACGAGGCCGAGUUCCGCUUCUUCUUCAACGAGGACCAGAUGGCCGUCGAGAAGCUCCGCGAGGGUAUCUCGAAAUUCGCUGCUGAUGCCGUCACGCUCAAGGACAUUCUGCGCAAGAAGAUCGAGGCAUAGAGUGGUCGCCCCGGUAUCGGUCUUUUGAUGAGUAUAUGAAAUUGCAUGGGUGCUUCUUCUGCCCUCGUACGGAUUGAAAUUGCAGCACUGCAGAUAGCAAAAUUGAAAUAACAUCAAAAUGAGAAGUGAAACUGCACAUCAUUACCUCUUGAAUACAUGAACGAACGUCACUCUACUUCUACCUACCAUGCCAUGCCAUUAUAUGAUAGGACGGGCGAGGGGCAUUGGAUUUAUCAUGCGUCGGCUCUAGGCCAGCUCUAACACCGAACAGUUGCGUGCGGGUCGCGCGGGUUGCGUCACUCCGAGCCCCGCUUCGACCCUGAAGAAAGCUCACGUCUCCACGUAGCACUGCUUCUCAUCCUACUUUCCCCC